GAUGACGUGAGCAAUCAUAGCAACCAGCAUGGCGACGGAGAAGCUUUGCUCCACCGCUCAUCUGCUUAUUAUAAGCUAACGCUAGCAGAGACUGUUUGUUUCCUUUUAUACGUUACGUUUCAGCGGUAAACAUGUGUACAGCUGUAGUUCCUGGAUUUAUCCAAGCUUUGCCGUCGCUGGCCAAGAGUAUCUCUGAGGAAAAUGGGAUACGAUGAGUAUAACAUCACCAUGGAAUCGAGAAUAGGGAGUGUAUCAUCUGGAAUGGGGUGCAGCCCUGGUGCAAGAGGUCAGACUUUAAAAAGCAGCCCUUUCUGCCCUCGCUCCUCCAGCAAGUUGACACAGUCAAUCGUCAAAGACCACAUGGUGUCUCAUUACAAAAAGGUUUACUCAGCUAAAGCUGCCAUUGAUGCCUCAGUACCCAAAAGCUUGAUACACAGUGUGAAAUACAAUGAUCAGAUCAGACAGGAGCGGUUGAGGAAAGGGGGUCGUCCUCAGUCAGCCCACUCUCUCUCACAGAGGAAUGGCAUAGCCUCCUGCUCCUCAGCCCAGAGUAGAUUAUCUGUGCAGUACGAUGACAGCCACUACCUCUGCUCAAGGAGCUCCACGGUCUCCAGCCCGAGGUUCAACUCCUCCUUCCAUGCCAAGGAGAUUGUUUAUCCAUCGCAGAAAGUCGGUUCCCAGAACCAUUCUCAUCACAUUCGCCCAGCGUCAGAAAGAAUGUACCAUAGCCCGGAGGCACGCAGAAAGCAGUCGGCGUGUUCGCUGGGAGCUUUGGAAGAUCAGAGUUGCUUCAAGACUUUCCAGGACCCUGUUCAGAAGACGUACAGCGGAGACCUGCUCCAGAAACAUUCACAGCGCUUUACCAAAGACAAACCGUUCACCCCUAAGACACUGAAAUCAGAGAAGAGUUCAUACCUGUCACAAUAUCGCUACUACAGAGCACCACGGAGGAAACCUACUCAGGAUGGCACCAACUCAAGAUUGAUGCGACAGGAGACAUAUCAUGGAAGCACAAAAACCAAGGAAUGCACACAGGAAUUUUAUGAGCCAUCUCAGGGAUCUAAUACAGAGCAUGAGUGGUCUGAAGAUGAAUUCAAUGGCACAUAUCUCUCAGCAUCUAGACAACUGAGUCAAGCAAACAAGAGCAGAGACCAGGAUUUCUUUGACUCCUUGUCCAGGGUCUCACAAGAAGGAGGGAAAUCUCCCUUUAUGAGGAGUGUAUCUGCAGAGGAAGAAGAAUUAAUGUACCUCGAGUUCAUUUCAGCUGUAACAGAGGAUAUAUUGUCAAGGGGGCACAUCUCUGACAGGCUCCUAGACCGGGUGAUAAAGCGCCAUAUUGACAUGAAUCGGCAUCAGCUUGAUGUGGGUAAAAUGCGCCACCUUCUGGAAGUACUACGUAAAGAUUUUGAAGAGCCAACCAACAUAUCCACCUCCGGUACAGAGCUCAAAAAAAAGGAGAGUGAUCUGCUUGAUUCAUUCCUACCACAUCUGGAAUCCAGGGGUAAACAAGUUAAGACCAAAAAGGACAAUGACCUGUUCCCUUAUGCGUCACCUAUUAAAUACUGUGAUUCGUCAGAUUAUGCUGAUCCCCUUUUGGUGUCUACACCCUUAUGCUCUCCUGAGACAACCGCUGCCUCUCCAACUAAAACAAAGGAAAAGGAUGGAGAAGAAGACAAUCAGGAGAGGGGCAUUAGCUCUCCUUGGCUCAGUGAGAAUUUUUCUGAUAAUACAAGAAUGGGUGAAGGGGACCAUAAAAAUCAGGUAGGCACAGCUGAGACGGACAAAGAAGUCAGCAAUGAAAACCAGGAAUACACCACUAUAACCAGUGAACAAGAAUGUCAUCAAGACCAAGCUGAAGUCAGUUAUGAUGGACAAUCUAAAGAGCUCGACGAUCUGGGGACACAUUUGUCAGAGUCGCUUCACGUGUCCAACAAUGUGGAGACUGCCACUGAGCAACAUGCGAACACAGUCGCCUCCAUCAGUGAUGACGAGUUCUGAGUUUUGCUGCAGGAAUUGAAUGUCCUUUAAUAAUUUUGUUACCAAGUGAGUGUUUUUUUUCCAGAGUGAAAUGUAGCCUGACAUUUUUGAAAGUAUAGUUUUGUAAAUGUGUUUUAACACUGGUUGUUUUCCAUGUUUUAAAAGCCGCACUGAUAUGGUGUUGUAGUUCUAUCCUGCUUUUUAAAAUCUUUUUACAAAAGCACAAUGAUAUUUUCACAUAAGCAAACAGGGUUUUGUGAGCACACCAGAGACUUGAAUGUCUCAUUUGGGAUAUUGUAAAGUGAGCACAUACUGCCCGUAGUGAACUAUUGCCCCAUAGUAACUAGAAUGAUUAGCACAUUUGCAAAGGAUAGUCCAUAGCACCCCACUGAUGUCAGAUGUGUGGAAUUAGUGGCGUCCUCUAGUCUGAGUGGUUUGCAGAGAGUGUGCCCAGUCAGUGUUAAAUAUAGUGUAGCUGCAGUUUUCAUUUUCAGAUUUCUAGAAAAAACACUUUUGUUGUAAAGAAACGUUUACAUUUUUCUGUGUGUUUGACUUGACAUUAUGCCUCUGAGAUGUAGCUACUAGAAGUUGACCGUCACCAGAAAGUGUCUUUACAAUUGCAAUAAAAUUUUCUAUUCUUCUGAUU